UUUAAGGGCACAACAAGAAUUAACAGGGUCGACUAAGAAAAGAAUCAUUGUAGCUAACAAUGUAGAGAGGUUCAAUUCACAGAAUGCCACUGAUGAUGUUACUCUACAAUAGCUCCAUUCAAAACACUGCAUUGAUGUCAUUGUCAUUGUCAGUGACAUAUUAUUAUGCAGUCAUUCACUGGAUUCAUCAGGUACAAGAAGUGAUAGCUGCAGCCUCAGUCUUGAAGGAUUUUGGUAGCUAUAGCAGUGGCUACAUUGUAUUGCGUGCACAAGAUGAAGAGUACUGUUGUAUCCAUUCUAGUGCUAACACUAACAGCGUCUUGCUGCUGCAGGGAGAGCCUUGUACCACUACUGGCCUUGUCCAACUGUCCUUCCCUGCCCUCUACCCCAAUCUCCCAUGGCGAUGUGGACACAGUCCUCACUCAGGUGGAUAUCCAAGAGUUCAGUAUUGCCAUAGUGAUGAAGGCAGAAAAGUUAAGCUUUGAUGACAUAGCCAAGUAUGGUGGAGUGUACGGAGAAAAGAAUGCUGCUCUCUCAAAUCUCCAGGACUUCUUGUCGUCAUCUGUCUCCUCCUUCUCUGCUGGGGUCAGUGGAGAGCCAGCCUCUGAGCUCACCUCGUCUCUCAGCUUUGCCAUGGAUACCACACCAAUCACUGUCAAAGGCGAAGAUGUGUCUCAGAUAUCAAAGUUGGAAGGUGAUGGCCCACACCUUGUGGUGGUAGAACUGUCCGGAGGGAAUGAUGAGGAUACAUUCAGAGCACAUGAUAUGCUCCUAGCUGAAGUGAAAGCUCUAUUGGACCACUCCUCUGUUAAAUACGCAAUCUUCUACACUAGUGACCACUCUUCUACCAAAAGACACCCUCAGAAACGGUCCACUGCACAACAAUACACUAAGUACACGCAAAACACAGGCUCACCGCUGUGCUAUGAAGUAAAGGACGAGUACAACUACACCAGCUGUAUUGUGUUCUGCUUCACCAGUCGCAACAUACUCUAUGUCACUGAGAACACCACCAUCCUACUCGGAAAUGGGGAGAAUGGAAUCAUGUAUGAGAGAGGGUCUUGCAACAGCACUGACAGUUUGCCUGAGGGAUUCCAGACCAACACAACGUUUGCCUUCAUUAUGUUCCGAGUAGAGGGUAACGCCAGCGCUGAUGGGGAAAAGCCAAUCCGCAAGUCUCUAGUCUUUACAUUUGAGAAUGGUACCUGUAACCAGAAGGGCAGUGAGAACAACGGAGUCGGCUGUGGUUUCUGGACCAUGAAACUCCAUGCUGGAGACAAACCUCACGAAGUAACGGAGUAUCGACGAAACCGACCUGAUAAAAACAUCUUCACAAAAUUUUCGAUUCCUCAGUCGGCCUCUUACUCUUGUGGGAAUUGUUCGCUGAAUACUUUUGUGUCAGCUUCUACUGCCGAGAGCAACGACAGUUAUCAGCUGGGUGGAAUACAUGUCCAAGCAUUUUCACGGGUGAAAUUGAAUGAAGACAACCAGUUUGUGUUUGGUUCCGCCUACCAGUGUCAGGGGUACAUUGACAUGCCCUCCAUGAUGGGUGUGAUCUCGGUUCUCGUCCUUUUGUUACUUCUGUACGUGUCCUAUGUGGCUGCAUUUAGUUUACAGAGUCUCGACACGUUUGAUGAUCCGAGAUCCCCAACUGUCUCGGUGGAGAACCUUCAUUAGUGACUAACUAUGUUGCUAGAGAUGAGAUACAAUUAUAUAGUAGAUUUGAUUAGUGUAUUUUCUAUAGGUGAACAUUUGUUCGUAAUAAUUUAUUAUGAGUUUCAACAAAACUGCAUUCUAUGCUUUUGCCUCCAUUAACAGGUUUUUUGGAGCCUUCAAAAUUUCUUGUUUGUAGUUAUGUUUGUGCAUUAAUUUGCAUGCAUAUAUGAUGCUUUUGUACCUAACUCGA